CCAGACUGGUUGGGGUCUCUUGAACCAUUCAGGCAGUCAGAGGAUCGUCGCUGUCGGUCUGUUUCUGUUCCUUUCCCUAUGGCUGCUGCUGAAUCAGACUCUAAACAUCUUUUCUCUCUGGACUCCUACCAUGUCUCUGAGGAGCUCGGCUUCAUCCUUUCUGAUCCUCUGGAAGAGCUUCCCGCUUACUACCAGCCAUGGAUGGAUAUUGCCCGGCGAGUCCCAGAGCUUGUGCAGUCUCACGAGUUGCGCCUCCAUGUUAACAAGAUGCCGCUGCUGAGCAGCCAGUUUCUGCAGAAACACCGGGAGUUACGACUGGCCCACCUGGCUCUCAGCGUGAUGACCAUGGGCUACGUCUGGCAGGAGGGAGAGAACAACACAGUGGAGAUGCUGCCACAUAACCUGGCAGUUCCAUACUGGGAGGUGUCACAGCGCUUAGGACUUCCCCCAAUUCUCAUCCAUGCAGAUGGAGUGCUGGCUAACUGGAAGAAGAGGGAUCCAGCGGGGCCUUUGGACAUGGAGAAUCUGGAGUUGCUGGUCAGCCUCCCAGGUGGAGACAGUGUGCGAGGUUUCUUUAUGGUUACACUGCUGGUGGAGCUGGCAGCAGUCCCUGCACUGAGGAACAUUCCCAUUGUGAUCAAUGGUGUCAGGAGCGGAGACACUGAGGCUGUGGCCAGAGCCCUGGAGGACAUCAGCCAGUCUAUACAGGACAUGACAGAUGCACUCAAACUGAUGCAUGUGUACGUGGAGCCUUCGGUCUUCUAUGGCAUAAUGAGGAUCUACCUGUCUGGGUGGAAAGACAACCCCUCUAUGUCAAAGGGGCUGGUUUAUGAAGGGGUCCAGGCAGAGCCAAUGGAGUAUUCAGGUGGGAGUGCUGCACAGAGCAGCCUGCUGCACUGCUUUGAUGAACUUCUUGGAGUCAAACAUGAAGCAAAAAGUGCUGCCUUUCUAACACGCAUGAGGAAUUACAUGCCACCUGCUCACAAGCAGCUGAUCCAGGACAUCUCAUUGCAACCCUCCCUGAAAAGUUUUGUCCAGCAGCAGUCCAGCGAGCAUCUUAACCAGGCCUAUCAGCACUGUGUCACAAAACUAUUGGCCUUUCGCAGCUACCACAUCAAUGUCGUCAGCCGCUUCAUCACUGUCCCAGCUGCCCGCGCCCGGCAACUUCGAACUCAGAGCCAGGACACAGAGGGGGAGAUGAUCGGCAAAGCACCCACAGCGUUAGAGGAGAGGGGCACUGGUGGCUCCGGUAUCAUGACCUUCCUUAAAACUGUGAGGGACCACACAAAAGACGCCCUGAUGCCUGAGACGAGCCACAGCUGAUCAUUGCUGAAUAUCCACAGCAGUGUGUCAACUGCAUCACAUAAAACAGGCCUUAAAUCACCUCUGAUUACCUAACAUGCUAUUUUAUAUGUCAUUAAAAGGGAUGCCUUGUGGCAGAAUGAGAGCGAGCGGCCUCCAUCGCCUUGUCUUACAUGUAGCUUUGUUGUGUCUGUAAACAAACCCCAGCUUAAUAGACAUGAGUGAUACCCAUCAUUCAGUCCAAACCAUAAUUCAAACCGUCGCUGUUAGUUUCCAUUAAAUUCAACCACUAAUUCUUUCUUUAAUCCAAACUGGAACGACAGAAAAAUGCAUCAGACAUCUGCUCCAGACCCACGUAUCUAGAAGACAUUUGGACAUUAGACAGCUUAAGUCACUCCUGAACCCCCUUACGUUUUGGAACUGAA